AUCUUCUUUGAUUUGUACUAUGAAAAUUGAUAGAUUGUUUUGGAUAAUUUUUCUUUGCGACUUUGUGAAUUUUUCCUUAAGUUAUUCAAUUGAUUUAAAUACCACAAUUUAUAAAAGCUACGCUUACAAUCCAUUUGGAGAAUCAAAAAUUCUCGGAAAUACAAAUUUGAAGCAAAAACGAAACGUUCUUAAUUUAUACAACAUGAUUUCUUGUUCGACCGGAUGUAAUCCUUUGAUUUAUAAAGGUUAUGGUUGUUUUUGUGGAUUCUUAGGAUCGGGACAACCUGUUGAUGGUGUUGAUAAGUGUUGCAAAGAACACGAUUGGUGUUAUAACGUAGCUAAUUGUCCGUACUCUUUAGAAUAUUUUAUUCCGUAUUAUUGGACGUGUUUAAAUAACAACCCACAUUGCUCGAUUGAUCAUGGUUUUUUUGGUGGAAAAGAUUCGUGUUCUUACAGACUUUGUCAAUGCGAUCGAAUACUUUCAAAUUGUUUAAAACGUUACAAUUGUCCCGCGAAACGAGCAAUUUGUGAGACCUCAACGUUUCGAUUUAUUCAAAAUGUGUUAAUGAAUUUCUAAGUUAAUUUUUAUUACGUUAUUGUUGUUGUUACGUGAAAAACAUAGGAUAAGCAGAUUUUGAUUUAGUGUUAUUACAAAAAAAUACAAAAAGGUUUUUCCUUUUAA